AUGCUAUCCAGGAUUAUAUAUUCCACUGCAGUUGUUUUGGCCAUAACUGCAGUUAUUCUCCUAGCUUUAUUCUCACCAAUACCCCACAAGAAAGAGCAUAAUAUUAAUAGCUCUCAACUAUCACUGUCUUUGUACAUUCAACAACCCCAAGUGGACAGCUCAGCAGCCGCACCACCAGACAUUGGCGGGGCUUUGAUUUACCAACGCACUCUCACGCUCGGACCUCACAACACUUCUCGUGUGGUCGGAAAAGCACAGGGCUUCAUAAUUCCGGUCGAGAGCUUUGCACGUUCUGCUUUUAAUAUCAUUUAUCUUACACUUCACACGCAUGAGUUUUCGGGAAGUGUUAGCAUCGAGGCUAAGAAUAUAGGCUUCAAGGAGAAAGAAGAAUUGAGUGUGGUGGGUGGUACUGGCUCUUUUGCCUUUGCUCGUGGACUUGCUGUUUUUGUCCAAACAGAUUGGCAAGUUUCUGAUUUGGAUGCGAAUUAUCAUAUAAAGCUGCAAUUGGAGUUCCCUAAUAGAUCACAAAUAAUUCCGGGAUGA